AUGGAUCCUGGGUGGCAGCCUUAUCAAGAUCCUUUGAUGGGCCAGCCCGCGCAUUUCAAUACUGCUUUGGCAUCUCAUCCUCAGCAACUAGCCUCGAAAUACGGUCAGUCACCACAGUCACAGCCGCCCGUUGGAUACACCUACGAGACAUUCCAGACCCCCGGCACGACAUCCAAAGCCCCUUCAGCCGGCUCAAAGUCCAAAACUGUGUCUAUGGCAUCCUCCCCCACCGCCACGCCACGUAGUCGGGAUUAUGUCACCGAUGCGGAUACUACCAUGGAGGACGCUGACCCGUACAACCGGGCAAAGUACCCCUCGCGGCCAAACCACAAUCGCGCCUCGUCACAAUUCUUGAAUCAAGCAGAGGAAUCAUCGGCUGCCCGCAGAUACUCUCCGGGGAAUGUUCUUUCGCCGCCGAUGUCAUACCCAACCAGUCCUGGGAAGUCCCAAGGCUCCUACGGAUUUCCAUCCGCGCCCCAGAGUGCUUCCCGCCGGUCCCCUGCGAGACCGGAAUAUGCACCACCACCACAAGGAUAUCAAUCGCCUCCAUCCAACCGACCCCCUAGACUCCCGCCCCUUCAAUCCGGCGACCUCAGCCCAGACCAGUACUAUCCACCCUCCGCAUCUUCUCAUAUGAGUCCAGGAUUUGGUCCCGGGUCGCGAUCUCCACGGUCCGGCUCGCUACCAUCUCAGCCCCCUCUAGUCCCUGGUCGCGGUCCCGUGCCCAAGUUCAAAAAGAUCCAGUCUGUGCAAGAACUGCAGCCGCGCAUGAAUGUACAACCCGCGUAUCGGCGCGCCAACCCAGAGGGCGGAUUUAUCAGCCCGCUUCAAUCGCUGACAACCCACCUCCCGGCCACCUACCGCAUAUGCAACCCUGGUUUCAACUACGAGUCUUCGAGAAACCCCCGAAGAGUAUUGACAAAACCCAGCAAAGGGGUGAAGAACGAUGGGUACGACAACGAGGAUAGUGAUUAUAUCCUUUAUGUCAACGAUAUUCUGGGGAGCGAGGAAGCCGGUCACAAGUAUGCCCCUAUUUCCCUCUGUGAAGCCGGCCGCUCGGCUGACAAUUGCUUUUCCUUCCGAUCUAGAAACCGAUACCUCAUUCUCGAUGUCCUCGGUCAAGGUACCUUCGGCCAGGUCGUGAAAUGCCAAAACUUGAAAACGGGAGAAGUCGUGGCUGUCAAAGUCAUCAAGAACAAGACUGCUUAUUUCAACCAGAGUAUGAUGGAGGUUUCUGUGUUGGAUCUUCUCAACAGCAAGUACGACAAGAACGACGACCACCACCUGCUUCGUCUCAAGGACACGUUCAUCCACCGCCAGCAUUUGUGUCUAGCAUUUGAAUUACUCAGCGUUAAUCUUUAUGAGCUGAUUAAACAAAACCAAUUCCGUGGAUUGAGCACUACCCUUGUCCGGGUGUUUGCCCAGCAACUGCUAAAUGCCUUGAGUUUGUUGAACAAAGCGCAUCUGAUUCACUGUGAUCUGAAGCCGGAGAACAUUCUCCUAAAAAACCUCGAGAGCCCAAUUAUCAAGGUCAUCGACUUCGGUUCUGCAUGUGAUGAGCGCCAGACAGUCUACACCUACAUUCAAUCGCGAUUUUACCGAUCUCCAGAAGUACUAUUGGGCCUGCCCUACUCAUCUGCCAUUGACAUGUGGUCUCUUGGGUGUAUCGUGGUGGAGCUCUUCCUCGGUCUACCGCUGUUCCCCGGCUCUUCGGAAUACAACCAAGUUUGUCGGAUCGUCGAGAUGCUCGGUAUCCCACCAACGUGGAUGCUAGAGAUGGGUAAGCAGUCGGGAGAGUUUUUCGAAAAGACACAGGACGAGUUCGGAAGAAAGACGUACCGCCUCAAGAGCUUGGAACAGUAUUCCAGGGAACACAACACCAAGGAACAGCCAAGCAAAAAGUAUUUCUCGGCCUCAACACUGGAGGAGAUUAUCCGAAGUUACCCAAUGCCUCGGAAGAACAUGAAGCAAGCAGAGGUUGAUCGAGAACUAAACAACCGGAUUGCGUUCAUCGACUUUGUGCGGGGACUUUUGUCAAUCAAUCCUCUCGAGCGAUGGUCACCCCAACAAGCUAAGCUGCACCCGUUCAUCACCCAGCAAAAGUUUACGGGGCCCUUCAUGCCACCAAUGAAUCUCAAGUAUUCAACGGCCAAUAAGCCUGCCCCGGGGGUUCAACAACAACAGCAGGCCGAAGCCGCUAGCAAACAAAGAGCAGCACAGGCGGCCCAUGCGCAAAAUGCCUAUGCCGUGCAAAUGAACCAAUUCCAUCCUCCACCCCAGCCUCAGCCUCAAGCCCCGCCCAUGUACAAUGGAAUGUAUCAACAAGGUGCACCACCUCCUCCAUAUCCUACCCAGCAGCCGCCUGGCUACGGUCACCAAAUGGGAAUGAUGUCAGGCAACCAGGUCCCACCACAAAGUCUCUAUGCACAGGCCACUACGCGAGCAGGCCGUCAACGAGCAUCCACCAUGGACCCUAAUGGAGGAAUACCAACUACCAUCCAACGAGUCGCUAGUCACUUGGACCCCAACGCACCGAUUCGAUUGCAGCCCAGUCCCGCGUACUACCCACCUCCUCCGGAUGGGUACGUCGAUGCUAACGCCAGUCAGCGGCGUCGUGGGAGCCGAGCGGGCAAUGGGAAUGGGAACCAACGUAACCGGGAUUUCAUUCGCACUCUCGAAGAUGGCGUGCUCAGCGAGGGAUACACGAGUCAGAACCAAUGGCACUAG